AUGCCCGUGUCUGACCAGGCCUUUGUCACUCUGGCCACCAACGACACCUACUGCCAGGGGGCCCUGGUGCUGGGCCAAUCGCUGAGGGCCCAGAUGGCCACGCGGGCGCUGGUGGUGCUGGUGACGCCCCACGUGUCCCGUCUGCUCAGGGCCCUUCUCUCGAGGGUGUUCGAUGAGGUGGUGGAGGUCAGCCUGGCGGACAGCGCGGACCCCGCCCGCCUGGCCCUCCUGCGGCGCCCGGAGCUGGGCCCCACGCUCACCAAGCUGCACUGCUGGGCGCUCACGCGCUACCGCAAGGCCGUGUUCCUGGACGCCGACACGCUGGUGCUCUCCAACAUCGAUGAACUCUUUGACAGAAGCGAGUUCUCGGCUGCCCCGGACCCAGGCUGGCCCGACUGCUUCAACAGCGGGGUGUUUGUCUUCCGGCCGUCGCUGCGCACGCACGGCCUGCUGCUCCGGCACGCCAUGGACCACGGCAGCUUCGACGGGGCCGAUCAGGGCUUGCUCAAUAGCUUUUUCAGCGACUGGGCCACGGCUGACAUCCACAAACACCUGCCUUUCACCUACAACCUCAGCUGCAACGCCGCCUACACCUACACGCCCGCCUUCCGAUGGUUCGGCUCGAGGGCGAAGGUCGUGCACUUUCUCGGCCCCAGGAAGCCAUGGACCUACAAGUACAACCCGCAGACGGGCUCGGUGCUGGACGAGGGCCCCGGGGCGGCCCCCCGGCACGAGCUGUCCUUCCUGAACCUGUGGUGGGACAUCUACCACCGCAGCGUCCUGCCUCUGUACGGGAGCGCCCUGGGCGGGCCGCGGAUCGUGGCGCUGUCCGUGUCCGUGUCGGAGAUCGCCAUCCAGGAGAAGGUGCGGGCGCUGAGCCCCGAGGAGCAGAGGAGGCGCUGGGAGGAGGGCCACAUCGAUUACAUGGGGACGGACGCCUUCGCCCGCAUCCAGGAGAAGCUGGACCGCUUCCUGCACUGA